AUGCUUCCCCUUCUAGCUACCACCUUUGCCAUUCUGGGUCUUGCCAAGGCCCAAAACCUGCUCGUCUUUGACAGCACCGCCUACACCAACACCAGUAUCGGCUUCGGGGCCUCCAACAUCAACUGGAUCCCCGCCUACGUGUGCAACCCGCUCGUUGCAAACGGCGCGGUGCCGGCGCGGCAGGACUGGCAGGCCAUUGUCGCGCAGUGGAACGUCUAUCCGGGCUACCCGCUCGUGCUCGACUGCGAAAACAUCUACCUCAGCUCGGCGGCGACGGCCGACGCCAACCUGGCGACGAUGCAGAAGCUGCAGACCUGGGCCGCCGACGUCCUCCCUCGAGACCAGAUUAUUGGCUGGUAUGGCCUGGCGGGAAACACGCCCGCGUCUCUCUUCGGAUACUACCGGGCCCUAAUUGCCAACCACACCCGUCACGCCUUCUUCCCGUCGGCAUACACCUUUUCCAGCAGCCUCGGUACGUGGAACGCUUCUCUGACAACGGUGCUCGCGCAGGCAAAAGCCAUCAACGACUCGCUCCCGAUCUGGCCUUUUGUGUGGCCGCAGUAUCACAACAGCCCUUUUGCCUUUUACCCCGUCAGCCUUUGGCAGAGUCAGCUCGCUGUGCUCAAGGGAAAUCCGGAUGUUGAUGGGUUUGCGAUAUGGGGUGGAAAGAACCACGCCGUCUGCAACGAUGCUUGCCAGGCCAUUGCGGGUGCGCAGCCCUGGCUCAACGCCACUCGUUCCUAUCUAAAGGACUUGUACGGCAUCUUCAAUCAGUCACCGCAGAGACCCGGUCGUCAAGCCUUCGUGGGGGUUUGA